AUCACUAUCAAUACUCAUUUCAUUUUCCGCGUUAUUUAUUUAACUCAACCGCCUUUACUUUAUCAGACAUCCCCUUGUAAUUGUUUCCUCUGAUUUUGAAGACGAAAAAUGAAUCAAGAGAUGAGCGAGGAGGAGAGGAUAGCCUACGUGUUCAAAGUGGUGGUGAUCGGCGACUCCGCCGUCGGGAAGACUCAGCUGCUGUCGAGGUUCGCGAAGAACGAGUUCUGCUUGGACUCCAAGUCCACCAUCGGCGUCGAAUUUCAGACCAGAACCGUCUCCAUCAGUUCUAAACUCGUCAAGGCCCAGAUCUGGGACACCGCCGGCCAGGAGAGGUAUAGAGCUGUGACGAGCGCGUACUACAGGGGAGCCCUGGGGGCAAUGCUGGUGUACGACGUGACGAAGCGGCAGAGCUUCGACCACGUGGCGAGAUGGGUGGAUGAGCUCAGGGCUCACGCCGACGCCUCUAUUGUUAUUAUGUUGAUCGGUAACAAGGCUGAUCUCGUCGACUCCAGAGCUGUUCCCGCUGAGGAUGCUGUGGAGUUCGCAGAGACCCAAAAUUUGUUCUUCUUUGAGACGUCGGCGCUCAGCGGUGAGAAUGUGGAGCCUGCGUUUCUGAAGCUGCUUCACGAAAUCUAUGAUGUGGUUUCUAAGAAGGCCUUGGAUAGCAGCAAUUUGGUGAAGCCCAAUGGGGGGCUGUUGUCAGGGUUGAAGAUCGAAGCUGCUCAGUCUGAAGUUAGUGAGAUGAAGAACUUGUCUACCUGUUCUUGCUGACUCUUGUUUCUCAGUAUGUGCUAGUUUUGCUGUGUUUUCGAUCUUCAUAUUAGUAUAACUCACCAUGAAUCAUGAUUGUGUUUUGGCUUCAAAUGCUUUUUGAUGAGCUCAAACCGGUAGAUUCUUUUAGUACAAAUGUGAUUUGUUUGGUAUA